AUGGCCCUCACUGGGCUGAAAUGGACUGUGUUUCAGGCCAGCGCUCUAGUCUGCUCGCUGCUGGCCUUCCUAUGUCUGCACACAGCCACAGGAAUGUCAGGGUGGGGUGGAUGUUUGGAUGGUCAGGAUAUAUUUGCGGCCAUCAAAGAAAACAGCCUUUCGGGGGAAGUUGUUGCUGAGCUCAUGGCUGACACCACAAUGGAUGGAGUACACUGGAGCCUGGACGGAAAGGAUGCUGAUUGGUUCUUCUUGGACGCAAGAAACAUCCGACUGAACACGUCAGCUGACAAGAUUCUGGAUCGAGAGGCCCAAGGUCCUGUCCUAAUGGCUGAGUUAUUAUGUUAUGAAGAAGACACACUUCAGAGCGUGUACAGGGUCAUGGUGGAGAUUCUAAAUGAGAAUGAUAACUCACCUGGGUUUGCAGAAAACACUGUCCAGUCUCUUAUUAUCAGUGAGCUGACUCCAGUGAAUACUGUGGUCUUUACUGUUCAGGCCACAGAUGCAGAUAACGACAAGAUCAUUUACUCCAUUGACCAGACAUCUCCUGAUGCGGAGUACUUCAAAGUUGAUCUCCCAAACAGUGGAGAGGUGAUCCUGUCCAAGCCUCUAGACUAUGAGACUAAAAUUCUUCUCACUGUCACCAUCCAUGCCUCGGAAAUGAGUACUGUUGAGCGCUUCAACACCAGCACCAACAUCACCAUCACUGUCCUGGAUGGAGAUGACCAGUACCCACAGUUUCUGCCCUGCACGCUGCUUUUCCAAGAUGAGACCAGUCGCAUCUGCACCAGCCCUGUGUACACAGUCAACGUCACAGAGGGGGAAGAGGACAUUGUGCUGGACUUCUCUCCUGGUCCCAUUCAUGCGGUGGAUGGAGAUAGAGGACUCAGCUCUCCACUCAGUUAUGCCAUUCUCUCAGGAGACGACGAUGGCCGUUUCCUGAUGGAUAAAGAGACAGGGGUUGUGAAACUCAUUCAGGGGGUGAGAGACAGACUCACAACUCCAGUGCUGCAUCUUAAGGUCAUGGCAUACCAAGACGAUGACCCCAGGAAAUACUCUGUUGCUACAGUGUUGGUCCGAAUCCUGGCAGAGAACCAGUUUCAUCCAGAGUUUGACAAAGCUGAAUAUUAUGGCUUUGUAAAUGCUGGAAAGAGCCCUGCCUCUCUGGUCAAUACCUAUGGCAGCAAAGCACUGAUGUUACAUGUCCAAGACCACGACUUUAACUACGGUUUCAACCCCAUGAUCUACUUCACAUUAAGUCCUACAUCCAAUCACACAGAGAUCUACCAACUUACACAGGAGGGGCUUCUGAUCGCCAGGGCAAAUCAACUCAAACCAAAACAGAGACACAUUCUAGAGGUAACAGCUAUAGACCAGGAGUCAGGCGAUGCCGCCUCUGCUACUGUAGUGGUCGAGGUGUUGUCUGAAGGACAAUCAAUCCCUCUAAGUCCGCUGGGAGAUGACCGUCUGAUAGGCUGCACUGUGGGCAAAGCUUUGUUCCUGAGCAUGGUAUUCAUGACUGUGCUUGGAUGUAUCUUGUUUGUGGUGAUGUGGUUGAAGAGGAAACAUAAGGUAAAGAGGGACCCGUUGGAGAGAGGCUGUGUGGCCCAGGGCAAACACCCCAAUGUGAGCUUACAGUGGUUCCAACUGGUGAGUCAUCGCAGUGCCAUGCCGCACAUGGAGGAAGUACCCUUUAAUAAUGAAGAAUAUGGAACCUGCAAUCCCUCCUUCAGCUUUCCUGAAAAACCUAGUGUUUACGCCCACCAAGACCUCCCCUCCUGCCGAGGACCUGUUCCGCCCAGUACGACUGCUGCACCUGACACCAGAGUCAUCCCCACCGAAAAUGUGUGCAGCCCUGUGACAUUCAAUCACAAUGUUUCUGCACCAAUCAAAAGCUCCUCUAGUUCACCUACCUUUCACCCAGCCACUGAGGACGUGAAUCAUACACACAUGGCUCAAGACGCUGCACCAUCCAAAGAAAACCUUGACUCACCACCUGCUACAUUCCUGGACCCUACUGAGACACUACCUAACAACAGUCCAGGCCCUGAAACUCAUGAUGCCACUAGCACUCCUCCUUUCACUUGCCCUGAUUCACAAACCCCGCAAACAACCACCAGUGAUGACCCUGUGACCAGCCCCUCCUCUCAAACCAGUAUUCCAUGCAGUCACACCCGAAUUGCGUCAGCAGAAAUAGACAAACCGUUCCGCAAACCUCGUGUGAAGACACCCCCAUAUUCACCUUUACUGUCCUCACCCCUUCCCAAGCAGGGGAGCACACCCCCACCCACCCCCGAGCAUGCACCUUUAAAAGCCAGACUGGUACAUAUAGAUAAGUCACCCACUGACACACCUCCAGUGACACCAGAGCGAACAUCUAUGACUCUAAGCGCAGAAGUAGACCAGCCCUCCACAUCACUGGACCAAACAGACCAAUCAGAACUCCCAGUUGCAGAUGGUGGUACUCCAUCUCAGGACAGAAGGUCCUCAGCGAACUCUGGACACACCCAGGAUGGCCAAAGGAAGGGGGAUGAGGAUGAUGAUGGUUUUCUAGGAGAUGAAGAUGCAGACAAGAACAGUGAGGGUGAGGGUGAGUUAGAGUCAGACGAAGAGGAGCUGCUGAGAGUGAUUGCUCGAUGUAAUCCCAUUUUUAUCACAUUUAGUAAGUGA